AUGGCGGAGAUUCGACGCAAGCUCGUCAUCGUUGGAGACGGUGCUUGUGGAAAGACCUGUCUCUUGAUUGUCUUUUCCAAGGGUACCUUCCCUGAGGUCUAUGUCCCUACCGUCUUCGAGAACUAUGUCGCCGACGUCGAAGUCGACGGAAAGCAUGUCGAACUAGCGCUAUGGGAUACCGCUGGUCAGGAAGACUACGACCGUCUCCGACCGCUCUCCUACCCCGAUUCGCACGUCAUUCUCAUCUGUUUCGCCGUCGAUUCACCCGACUCACUUGACAACGUCCAAGAGAAGUGGAUCUCGGAAGUUCUACACUUCUGCCAGGGUCUGCCAAUCAUCCUGGUUGGUUGCAAGAAGGACUUGCGAUUCGAUCCCAAGACUAUCGAGGAGUUGCACAAGACAUCGCAGAAACCGGUCACCCAGGAGCAGGCCGAAGAUGUGCGCAAGAAGAUCGGCGCGCAAAAGUAUCUUGAGUGCUCUGCAAAGACCAAUGAAGGCGUACGAGAGGUCUUUGAGCACGCCACGCGUGCUGCACUCCUCACACGGAAGAAGGAGAAGAAGAAGUGCCAGAUCCUGUAA